AUGGAGACGAUAGAGUCGACGAACUGUUCCUUAAUUUACUGCACGACGGCAUUAGCGAUAUUCAUCGGCCUCUUCUAUGCAUACGCCAAAUACAAAUUGUCUUACUGGAGCAGACGCGGAGUCAAAACUCCUCCCACGCACUUGAUCUUCGGUAACUUUAAAGACGCGCUUCUUUUCAAAAAACCGCCCGCGGAAAUGAUGCGCGAAAUCUACGACAGUGCCGAUCCAGAAGAUCCUUACAUCGGCUUUUACAUCUUUCACAAACCCAUGCUACUUUUGCGGGAUCAUGAUCUCAUCAAGCAAACGAUGGCUACACACUUCGAUAUUUUCCCGAAUCGACGAUUCGGUUCGUCAACUGAAACGGACUUACUGGGUUUGCGUAAUCUCUUCUCCAUUACAUCCCAGCCAGUUUGGAAAUAUUUGAGAACCAAGUUAACUCCAGCUUUAACCGGACAGAGGUUGAAGGCCAUGAUGCCGCUAAUAAUGCAGUGCAGGGAACAUUUGUUGACAUAUAUCGAUGGAUUACCAACGGAUGAGAAUGGUUGGACGGAGCCUCAAGACACGCUAGAAAUUUCAUCCCGUUAUAUCAAUGAUGUUUUCGCCUCUGUGAUAUAUGGUACCGACGUGAAUUCAUUUGACGUUAACAAUAGCGACUUUUUCGAAGCAGCCCUAAAAAUAUUGAGAGGUUUUAAACGUGCCAUAGUCGUUUUCAUUUAUUUCUUUAUUCCUACACUGAUUCCUUUAAUUAAGCCGUUCUCUACAUGGCCUAUAAAUUAUUUCCGCAAACGUUUUAAGGCGACUAUAAAGUAUAGAGAACAAACAGGAAAUAAGAGAGGAGAUUUUGUAGACUUUCUGAUAAUGCUCAAGAAUGGAGAAGAGAAUCCUCUGUUCAAAUUCGAAAGCGAGAACGCUUUGCUGGCGCAAGCAUCUGGUUUUUACGUUGCUGGAUUCGAAUCGUCUGGGACCUUAAUUGCGUGGGCUAUUUACGAAUUGGCGCAUAAUCCGGAGUAUCAAAACACUUUGUACGAGGAAAUAAAGAAGUAUCUGUCAGGGAAAGAAAUAACUAUGGAAUUAAUUAACGAAAUGCCUUUCUUGGAUUGCGUUGUAAACGAAGCGUUGAGGUUGCAUCCUCCUAUACCAGUCGUCGACAGGAUAGCUGAAAAGGACUUUGAGGUGCCAGAGACUGGGUUAGUGAUUGAAAAAGGUGUUUCAAUAUAUGUAUCUAUAAAUUCAACGAAUCAAGAUUCUAGAUACUUCAAUGAUUCGUGCAAUUUUGUUCCAUUGAGAGAGACAAAAAACAAGAAAUUCUACGAAUCACUGACAUUUGGUAUUGGACCACGAUCAUGUACAGCACAAAGGCUGACCUCAUUAGUGGCGAAAAUUACAUUAAUCAAUUUUGUCUUGAAUUACGAAAUAAGUUUAUCACAUAAAAAUGAGGAAAUUAAAAACGAAACCAGUGAAUUAACAGUUCAUAUAUUUAAAUACCCGAUUGAUGGUCUCAAUGUGAGAUUCAAGAAACGUGAAUAAAAUUAUACGUUAAAAAGCGAAUAAAUACGUUAAAAAGCGCGUUAAUUGACGUUAAGUAUCGAUAUUUGGUAUAAAUUAAAAUAAAUAUUAAAUUAUUAUAUUUUUAUACGUAUAUCUCAGAUAGGAACUGCUUAAAAA